CACGCGUGUAGUUUUCAUGAAUCGCUUCGAUCGCACGCCAGUCUUCGGAACAUAACUCGUAUUUUUAUCAGGCAGCGACGCAAAGAUGAAGAUCAAGUCCAAGUCUUCGUAUCACAAGUCAGAGAACACGUUCAGGUUUCUCACUUUUGCUGAACGACUCUCCAAUGUCAACAUCGAUGUCGUCCAUCGCAUCGACAGAACUGGAUCUUAUGCUGAGGAAGUAGAAACAUACUUUUCUGAAGGGCUGACAAAAUGGAGAGACCUCAACUUGACCGAGCAUUUCACAACAUUCUCGAAAGAGGUGUCCAACAAGAGCCAGUCGUUCAACAUGCUGGUUUUCCACCAGGAGACGAUAGUGGGGACUCUGAAAACCCACCUGGCUGUGAAGAACAGCCUGGCCUACCAGCCUCUGCUGGACCUGGUGGUUCAGCUGGCCAGAGACCUGCAGACUGACUUCUAUCCUCACUUCCCUGACUUCUUCGUUCUCAUCACAUCACUGCUGGAGACCAAGGACACAGAGGUCCUGGAGUGGGCUUUCACCUGCCUCUCCUACCUCUACAAGUACCUGUGGAGGGUCAUGGUGAAGGACAUGACCAACAUCUACAGUUUGUACAGCACUCUGCUGUCACACAAGAAGGAACAUAUCCGCAAGUUUGCCGCAGAGAGCUUCUCUUUUUUGAUGAGAAAGGUUCCAGAUCUCGACGCCCUGCUCACCCAUGUGUUCUCAGACCUGCAGCAGCACCCCGACAAGGCAGAAGGAGCUGGCCAGCUGCUGUUUGAGAUGUGCAAAGGAGUCAGAAACAUGUUCCACUCUGCUGCUGCUAAUGCUCUCCCUGUGGCCCUGCGUAAGCUCGGCCCCACAACCAACCCAGGAGUCUCUCUGCCCUGGGACACUGUCAGGGACGCUCUGGAUUACAUGGCCCAGGCCGCAGCCGAUCAAGUCGACAGAGAACACUUCCUGGUUUUAUGGGAGUCCUUACAGGUCAGUGUGGUGGAGGUCCUCGCUGUCGUGGAGGCGAGAGGAGAGGAGGCAGACGAGGCGUCAGAUCAGCUGGAGAGGCUGCUGUUCAUUUUCCACACCCUGGCGUCCCACAGAGACGGAGCCAAGGUCACCAAGCCAGAAGCCGUCUGCCAGACGGUGCUGCGGUUGAUUCAGAGCUCGGCUCUGUCGGUUCCCUGUUCCCGCCUCCUCCUCCAGAUCAUCUCAUCCCUGCUCCUCGGGGAGAACAUCAGUCUGCCCAAGUCCCUCAUCCAGGAGACCAUUCAAAAGGUGUUUGGCAGCAGACUGGGACAAGACCUGAUUCUAGAGUUCACCAAGGAGAUGUUCACCAUGAAACAGUUUGAGCAGCUCUUCCUCCCUUGCCUGCUGCGCUUCACUGCUGGGUUGUUGAGUUGUGGAGACGCCCUGUCUCGCCACUGUGGCCUGGAGGUGCUGGUCAGCUUGAUCCUGGCUAAAGCCCCGCCCCCGACAGACGGCUCCAUGGCCUUUGAAACCUACCCACUGCUCUUCACCGGACAGAGCACAGGCAGUGCGCUGAGCAGUAAGGAGGAGGGUCAGGUGAGCAGUAUGACACCAGAGCAGCCGACUGUGCCGGAGCUGGUGCUGUCCCUGAUUAAAUUCCCUGAGGAGCAGAACCAGACCAUCGCUGACCUGUCUCUGCCUUGGUCCGCCCUGAUGCUGCUGCCACACAUCAGACCGCUGUCUCCCGUUAGCGUUGUUCCUGCUGUGAGCGCUCUCUUAAACCACCUCCUGUGUCAGAUUGAGACAGAGAAACUGGGAAAAGCUGGUCUUUUUGUAGCCAGACAGGCCCUGAGCUGCCUCCUCAGUCUGGACGGCUCUGCCCAGCUCCUCUCUCUGGUUACUGUGGACAAGAUCACCUCAAUCCUCAGGAGGUUUCCCACUAACCUGUCCGCCUUGCUGCUGGGAGACCUCUACUAUACCCGCAUGUCACUCAGCGGCGUUUCAGAGCAUCUAUCCCACAAUGCACUGCUAGAGGUCUACCAUAUUCUGCACGCCAACCUCUCCUCCAACAUCUCUAAGAUCCGUCUUCUGACUCUGAGGAUCCUCUCUCAGUUUGAGGCAGAGCUCCCGCCACAGUCUGAGGGUGAGGAGAACGUGGACGUGCAGCCAGUGUUUGCAGUUUGCCUGCAGGCAGAACUGGUGCCGGCCUCGGUGCAGGACUACAGAGACAAGCUGCUUCACCUGCGGAAGCUCAGACACGACCUGGUGCAGCGCAGCCUGCCACAGGGACUGCCAGGAACCUUCCAACAGGUGCCUCUGCGUUAUCUCAUCGCAAUGCUGUUCGUCAACUUCAGGCCACUGUGGGACGCAGUCAUUGAACUUCUUGUGACCCAUGCCAGAGGGAUGGACAACAAGGAGUUCUGGGUCGUUUACCAUGAACUUCUGGAGAUGGUGGCAGGGCUGGCAGAAAAGGAACUGCAGGACAGUGAUGAAGAUGACGUCAGUGAUGAUGAGCAAGAGUCUAGUCCUCAGAGUGAGCCAGGCUGUAAUGUCAUUGAAAGUGGGGACGUGGGGGUGCUGUUCCUGGAGCAGCUGAAGUUGACCUGUGACCCCAACGACCGGACGGACUUCCCCAACUUCCGCAGCCUGCUGUGGCGCGCCAUGACCCAGUUUCCUGACAGAGUGGAACCACGCAGCCGAGAGCUGAGUCCUCUGCUGCUCAGGUUCAUCAGGAAUGAGUUUUAUCCUGCCGACCUGCUGGUAGCCCCCACUCAGGACCUGAGGAAAAGGAAUGAUGCUGCCCAACAGGAUGCUAGGAUGGCUGUGGAUGAAGAGGAGGAAAGAGAGGAAGACGAGCAGGGUGUGGAGGAAAAAGGCCCACAACAGAAGAAGGCACGUCCAAGGAGAGCUGCUUCCAAACAGCUGAUUGUCCAUUUGAGAGUUUUCGCCAAAUUCACCAAUCCUCGUUCUCUCUACCUGGAGGCCAGUCUCAGUGAGCUCUAUAACCAGUUGCUCUGCCAUCAAGACCAGCAGAUUCAGGGAGUGGCCCUGGAAUGUCUUCUCACAUACAAAGACCCAAACAUUGUACCAUACAAGGGGAAUCUUGAGAGGCUUCUGCAGGACAAACACUUCAAGGAGGAGAUUGUCCAUUUCAACAUUUCUGAGGAGACAGGAGUGGUUGAUGCUUCACACAGAGUCAGACUGAUCCCUCUGCUCAUGAGGAUCCUGUUUGGGCGUCUGCGCAGCAAAGCGGGCAGCAAGUUCCAGGGGAAAGCCUCCUCCGCCUCCCGCUCCUCCAUCAUCCUGCGUUUCCUGGCCGGCUGCCAGGCUGAGGAGCUGGGAAUCUUCAUCGACCUGCUGCUGGAGCCCGUCUGCCAUCACAGCCAAGGUUCCUGUCUGGAAGCGGUGGAGAGGGCCGUUGCUCAGACAGACAUGGGCGCCAUCCUGCCGCUGGGCCGUCAGCACAGCCUCCUGAACAUCAUCAACGUUGUGAUCCAGAAACUGGGUCACCUCAUCCACAUCUACCUGCCCAAAGUGCUGCAGAUCCUGCUGUGUGUCACUGCCUCCGUGUCCAACGUCCUGGACAACAGAGACCAGCUGAGAGCAGGGUGCAUCAGUCCUCUGAAGAACCUGAGGCGACUCGGCAUCCUGAGGGUCCUGGACUUUUUUGACGCCUUUGACUCCUACAGCUUCAGCCCAGAAGAGCUGGAUGCUGUCUUCCAGGCUGUGGUCUGGCCUCAGGUGUGUCGUCUGCCCACAGAGAGCAUCCACUCUCCAACCCCUCUGCUGAAACUCGUCCAUUUGUGGUGCAAAAAUGCCAGGUACUUCCCCCUUCUGGCCAAGCACAGACCAGACCAUCCAGAGUGUGAUGUCCUCACAAACGUCUUUGCCCUCCUCUCUGCCAAGAAUACUUCCCAACCGAUCAUCGCCAUGGUAUUGGACAUAGUUGAGUCUCUAGCAACAGCCAAUGACUUUGUUGCCUCGGAGACGGAGACAGAGCUGAGCGUCAACAACAGUGUGUUCCCGCAGCCUGCAGAGGGCGCUCUCAUCACUGCAGAUUCAUUAACUGAGGGCUCCAGACUGCUGCUGCCUCACAUCUCCACUCUGCUGCGGUACCUCACCUCUGUUGUACGCAACAGCGACCGGCUCAAGAAGAAGAAGUUCAGAGCGCAGGUGGCCAAGGAGCUCAACAUCCUCUCCAAGGUCAGUCGGUUUGUGAGCGACACAGAGCAGAGCUCAGUGCUCAUCAGCCUGCUGCUGAUGUACCUGCAGAAAGGAAACAACUCUCAAGAGACAGAAAUCGAUGUCCUAGCCACCGUACAGAACCUGAUGAGACAGUGUGUGCAGCCCGCCACCUUCCUGCGCCCGCUCAGCAAACUCUUCUCCGUCAUUCACAACAAGCUUCCCCGGCAGGCCCUCACCAACGUCUUCCAGACUCUGUCCGAUCUGGAACCUUCCCUCAAAUAUAUCACUGAUUUAGCAGCAAAGCUUAACGCGUUUGACAGUCGACACUUGGACGAGAUCUACUUUGACGUGCGUCUGACAGCGUUCCAAGACGCCACCAGACGUGUCAAAGACAUGCAGACUCUGGACCUGGACUACAUCAGCACCAUCAUUUACAACUGUUUCCACACCUACGAGAUCUGUGACAUGUCCCUGGCAGACAACGCCACCUUGUGUCUGUCUGCAGUCAUCACCCAGCUGGCAGCAGUCGGAGCUGGAGAACAGAUCUACAAGGACGUCGUACAACACACCAUCCUGGACGCUGUGCACAAGGGGCUCCGCAGCAAGACAGAGAGUGUACAGCAUGACUACACUACCGUGCUCGCCUGCCUGGUGAAGACCUUCCCCUCCAAAAAGGAGUUCAGAGACCUGGUGCAGCUCACAGACUACAAUGACCUGGAGUCAGACUUCUUCGAGCACAUGAAGCACAUCCAGAUCCACCGUCGGGGUCGAGCGCUGAGGAAGUUGGCCAAGCAGCUGACCGAGGGCACGGUGGUGAUGACGUCCCGUUCCCUGCAGAAUUACAUCAUGCCGUAUGCCAUGACCACCCUGCUCGAUGAAAAGAUGAUCAAGCAUGAGAAUAUGACGUCAGCAUCGGUGGAGGUGGUGGGCGCAGUUUGUCGCAGGCUGACCUGGUCCAAGUAUCUGUACUACCUGAAACACUUCGUCCACAUCCUGCAGACUUCACAGAUUGAGCAGAAACUGGCUGUCAGUUUGCUGGUCACAGUUCUGGAAGCUUUUCAUUUCGACCACCAGACCCUCAGCAGAGAAAUGGAGGCAGCGAAGGCCAGAGAAGCUGGGAGUGUCUCAGUCGAAGCAGAUGACGUGGAUGAAGCGGCAGCAGACGAAUCCGACGCAAGUGACGAUGAAAAGGAAAUGGAGACCGACAGUAAGACUGCUUCGGCUGAUGUUCCCAUGGAAGUGGACAAUGAUGAAGAAAGCAAUGUCGUCUCAAAGGAAGCGGCCAGCGCUAAAGCCAAGGGACCUGUGGCUCCUAAACCUGUGGCAGUGUCCAGCGGGCUGCCACAGAGCAAAGAGGAGCUGGAGUCGUUGAUCAUCGCCAUCCACGGGACUGUGAAUGACAGCGUGCUGCCUCGUCUGCACAGGUGUCUCACCGCAAAGGUGAAGAGUGAUGAGGAGCACAAGGCGGUGAGGUCGAAGGACGUGAAGGAGGAGGAGGUGUCGAGGAUACCGAUAGCAUUCGCCAUGGUUAAACUGAUGCAGACGCUGCCUCAGCACAUCAUGGAGGCCAAUCUGCCCGGUAUCCUGAUCAAGGUGUGUGUCCACCUGAGGAACCGUUUCCAGGAGGUCCGUGACGUGGCAAGAGGAACGCUGGUGAAGAUUAUAGAGACACUGGGGUUCAGAUACUUGCAUUACCUGCUCAAAGAGAUGCAGAGCGUCCUGGUGAAGGGUUACCAGGUCCAUGUUCUAACAUUCACUGUGCACCGGCUGCUGUCUGCCCUCAGUCCGACCCUUAAGAGCGGUGACCUGGACCCGUGCAUGAACAUGCUCAUCGAUAUCUUCAACAAUGAGCUGUUCGGGGCUGUGGCCGAGGAGAAGGAGGUGAAGGGGAUCGUCUCCAAGCUGAUGGAGGCUCGACACAGCAAGAGCAUGGACUCGUACGAGCUGCUGGCCAAGUUCUGCAGCAAGGAGAGCAUCACCAAGCUCAUACUGCCACUGAAGGAGAUUCUGGAGAAUACAUCUAGUCUGAAGGUGUGUAACCGGGUAGUUGCAGUGCUGCGGCGUCUCAUCCUGGGUCUGCUUGUCAACGGGGGCAUGACCCCUCAGGACAUCUUACUGCUGUGCCACGGCCUGAUCAGCCAGAGUCUGCCACUGCUCACCAAGAGAGAUCGAGAUAAAGCGUCGGCUAAGCCUCCCCCCGACCCCAGACUGCCCCCUCCCAGCUGCCUGCUCCUGCCUCCGACCCCGAAGAGAGGAGGUCAGAAAGCUCCCGUCAGCAGUCAAACCAACAUGCACAUCCUGGUGGACGCCGGCCUCAAGCUGCUUCACCUGAGUCUGAGGAAAUCCAUUGUGACGUCGUCCGAGGCCUCGACUCUAGAAAUGCUCGACCCCUUCGUGCAGCUCCUGCUCGAAUGCAUCGACUCCAUGCACGUCAAGGUAAUCACAGAGGCUCUGGUGGGCUUCAGUUGGCUGCUGAAGUUCCCUCUGCCGGCAGUGGGGCAGAACGCCGAGCAGCUGACCAAGCAACUCUUUGUCCUGCUGAAGGAUUACUCCAAGGCUGGAGCGGCCCGCGGGGAAAACUACCACCUGGUCCAGAGCUGCUUCAAGGCUAUCACCAUACUCGUGAAAAAUGUCAAAAGCAACAACAUUACUGAGACACAACUGCAAGUGCUGCUUGGAUACGCUGAAGAGGACAUCUACGAUCAGUCACGCCAGGCCACCGCCUUUGGUCUCCUGAAGGCGAUUCUGUCCAGGAAGCUCGUAGUUCCAGAGAUGGAGGAGGUGCUGACGAAGGUUGCCAAGCUAUCUGUUACCGGCAGCAACGCUAUGAUCAGAAUCCACUGUCGACAGAUCUAUCUGAAGUACCUGCUGGACUAUCCACUGGGGAGGAAGCUGAGGUUCCACAUGGAGUUCGUGGUGGCUCAGCUGCACUACGAGCAUGACACAGGCAGGGAGUCUGUGCUGGAGAUGCUGGCGUUCAUCUUCCAGUCUUUCCCUGAGAAAUUGGUGACAAAGUACAGCGGCCUGUUCUUCGCCCCACUCGCCCUGGUCGUGGUCAAUGACGACUCGGCGCGCUGUAAAAAAAUGGCGGCCAUGGCCAUCAAGUCUUUGCUGACUCAGCUGGAAUUGAACCACAAGAACACUUUGUACUCCCUCGUCAUUUCGUGGCUGAAAGCAGAAAAGGCGAGCCUGCGGCGUCUGGGGGCUCAGAUUUGCGGCCUGUUUGUGGAGGUGGAGGAGGAGAAGUUUGCCCGUCGUCUGAAAGACCUGCUGCCCCUGCUGGAGAAAGAGAUCAACCCUGACAACUACGAAGACAUUGAAGAGGAGCAGGAUGAGAAAGGAGCAGACCGGCUGUUGUUCAGUUAUCUGACUCUCAUCACCAAACUCUGUAAAUACUGUGGCCUGCUGCAGCUCCACAACCCUGACGACACACUCCUGAACAUCUGGGGUCACAUCGAAGCCCAUCUGCGACACCCUCACUGCUGGGUGUGGCUGACGGCCUCGCAGCUCUUUGGCCAGAUGUUUGCAGCCCAGCAGGCAGAACAGCUGGUCACCGUUUGGAGAGGAGAGCAAGGAGACGCUGCCUCCCAGUCAGCAACCACCGCCUUCAUCACCAGCAACCUGGACAAGAAGAUUAGAGAGUUGGCGUUAUCGUUCAGUCACCAGCUACAGUCCAAGUUCCUGGACACAGCAUCAGGAGAGCAGGUGAUCAAGAACCUGCUGUUCGUCGGCAAGGUGAUCUACCUCAUCUCCCCCGAGUCUGACGUCACAUCCGCUGAGGAAGAAGUGAAAGAAAUGGAGGAGGAGGAGCAGGAGGAGGAGCAGCAGAGGGAGAAUGAAAAUGAAGUGGAGGGAGAAGGAAAGGAGGAGGAGGCAGGAAAGGAGGCAGAAAAGGAGGCGGAAGAGAACGGAAAGGAAGAAGAGGAGAAGGGGGAAGAGAACGAAAAGGAAGAAGAGGAUGAAGACGACAAGGAUGAUCGACCUCCGUCUCUACUGUGGUUGAUGAAGAAGCUGUGUCUGAUGGCCAAGAGAGAGGCAGCACACACUCCCAAAGUUCACGUCAAGAGAACGUGUGUGUUUAAGUUCCUGGGAGCUUUAGCCAUGGACCUGGGGAAGGAAGGACUCGGCCCGUAUCUCACCACCAUCAUCAGUCCUCUGUACAGAGAGCUGGACAGCACCUACGCAGAACAAGACCCCACGCUGAAGAACCUGGCACAGGAGCUGAUCGAGCUGGUGAAGAGAAAAGUGGGGCUGGAGAAAUUCUCGCUGGCUUUCUCCGCCGUUCAGAAGGAGUUUUCACAGAGGAGAGUGGCACGGAAACGACACAGAGCCAUGCAGGCCGUAGCCAACCCAGACAUCGCCGCCAAGAAGAAACUCAAGAAGCACAGGAACAAAAUCGAAGCCAAGAAAAGGAAGAUUGAGUUUCUACGACCCGGAUAUAAAGCCAAGAAGCACCGGAGCCACGCGCUCAGAGACCUGGCCAUUGUGCAGUGAGUCAGGGGACUCCUCUUCGUGUAGGAGGCAGGCGUUAGUGAUGUUGUGACUUUAACUAUUCAUGAAAACAAUGCAUUGGGACAAGAACAUCAGAGAACAGACAUUGCUGUCUGGUGAUUUGCUGAAGAGCAAGGAGGUGGUAAAAACCGGCUAUGACUCAAUCCAUCUUUUCUCUGUUCGACAUGCAGCAUCCUUGUGUGCGUAAUGAGACAUGUCACUGCUGUUGCUCAGCAGGACGUCUAUCACUAAUGACAUCAGUUCAUAUGAAUUGCAGAUCAGAGCUGAAAUGUUCCUGCUGUGAACAGAUUCACAUCCUCUGCAGCGAAAUGUACGUUUUUGUAAUUUAAAAAAAGAUUUGACAUUUUUACUGAUAACCUGUAAUCUGCGUUAAAACUGUUUGAUUCUUCAAAUAUAAAAGAGCUUUAACACA